UCAGUUUUCCGACUUUAUUUUGACAGUUUUAGUUACAUACGAUUCAUUUAAACCUCCAACGAGCUGGAGGUACACAGAGGAUGGAUAAAGAAAAGUGAAAGCUGUGUUUUAGACGCUAGCGUGCGCUUCGUGGCGGAUACUGAGCAUGUCUCUUCUUCAGGCUGUUGAUGAAGCCGUCAAGAUGUGCAAAGCUGAAGAAUCGAGACUCGCUGAAAACAUCCGACAGUGCAAGGAGAUUUUACGCUCAAUGAGAACGCGUGUGACAGAAACUGCAGCAGCCGUCGGUACUAAAGAUGCAGAUAUUCAGCCUGAAGAAAAGCAAGAAAUUGAAUUGUUGGAGCAGGUUUUAAAAAAAGCACUGAAAAUCCGCAGCACAUCUGAGGCUCAUAAAGAACGACACCCUAAUGAGAGAAAAAAUAAAGCACUCGUUAAUCAUACUGGUAAAGAGGAUGAUAAAAGAAAGCUGGUGAAAUCUGUCCCUCUCUCUGAGACGUCUAAAAAAUCCAUUGAUCAGAGACGGACCGGAGGGAAUGUGACCCACGGGGCCCCCUGGACUCGGCCAGUUCUGGUCCGGAAAGGAUCGACUGCUCAUCCGGUGGUCAACGGAAGACCGUCAGUCUCAAAGAGCGGUCCAGCGAGGAUCUCUUCCACACAAUCCCAGCAGAAGAUGUGUGUCAAAGCCACAAACGCUGAAGAGUCGUCUGAAGAUAAUUCCCCGUCAGUCUCCUGCCAAGAAGUGCCGGCAUCCAGUAAAGACGGGGAAGUCACAGCAGGAAGUGUGUGCUCAAAGGAGCAAUGGAUGCAAUCUCCUCUGUUACCAGCUUGGCGAGCACAGAGAACUAAACAGAAGCGAUUGUGGAAGAAGGUGUUAACCCAGCAAUCAAAGCCAGUACCAGAGAGAACCAAAUUCACAGAGAGACUGCGAGACACUUUCCCGUCCGAACUGCCUUCUGUAUGUCCUGCUGAUAUCACAAGAGAGCUGGACGUGCUUUCACAGCGCUGUCUUGACCUGACGCACUGCUUCAACGCUGAGCUGCAGGCCCAGAAGGACUCAGAUUCAGGGACCUUGCGUGAGAGAGAAUAUGAGUCCUUCCGGAUGCUGGAGGGUUUGGAGAAGAUGACGGCAGAAGUUAUUACAUGUGCUGAUCAACAGAAGAAAGACUGGGAGAGCUGGGAUAUGAGGAUCUCUGGAGAGUUGUGUCCCGUCCGGAGGAGAGGUGAAUGGGGUGCCCCGGCCGGUUCCUGCCUGCCGCCCGUCCUGUCGUACAGCAGUGAAGCUGAACUGAGAGAGCUGGAGAGCCAAAGGCUCCGAGUACAGCAGCUUCAGCAGGCCAUUCAUCUUCAGCAGGCGAUGACCGAUAGCCUUGCGUCGUACUGGAGCUCUCGUCCCGGAGCGGAUGGACCCAGUGCUGUGGUUCUGCGGGGCUUGUACUCGCUGCUGGCCGAGGGAGGGGUUCGGUUCCCAUCUCUGGUUCUGGAUUCAGAGUCAGACUGAGCAAAAACAAGACUGUAUUUCAGGGUCAGUGGACUGAAUUCCCGGAAGCACGGCAGGGAGGUUUUCCUGCAAAUUGACGCAAAGCCGCUCUCCAUAGCUCUUCUGUGAGAAACAUUUGUGCAUUUGACUCAGAUGUUUAACAAUCGGUCACAUGACUGGAGAGUGCAGCUGCUGCUAAGAUACUCAAAUAAAGCUUCCAGCUGACGUCUCUCAGGAUCCAUGAGUCAGGAUUUCAUUUCAUGACAUAUCAUUUGGCUCUCUGGUGACUUCUUCCUGUUCAAAUUCAUUACUCAAUGUGCCAAACCACUGGCAUCUUUUGCACACGAGUAGCAUGUGUCCUGCUGAAGCCUGCGCUGCUGUGUUUGUGCCAGCAGAGGGUGAUGUGUCCUGGAUGUCUACCGACAGCAUGUGUGGCGUGACCUCUGUUAGGAAAGGAAGUCAUUUAGACUCAUCCUUCAGUUCAUGAAAACAAACAAAAGUUGUGUUUACAGCAAUGCAAUUACUUCUAAUGAGCAUCUAAACACUAGAGCCACGUCGUACGUCUAAAAAUGUGUUAUUCGAGCAAAAUGUGUCUAAAUCAUCUGAAUCUAGAGUUGUAGGAGUCACUGACGCAGUUCCUGUGUUUGCAUUUGUGUCUGUGCAAACAGUCUCGUCUGGUAACCUUGUAAGAUUUCGGAGGUCACAACUCGAUGUUUUGUGUGGAUUGUUGCAUUGAAAAUGUUCUGCUGGUUCAAGUACAGACUUUAGUCAGCAUGGCGCCAUAUUACAUUUUUGACAGGAAUGUAAAUGAGGCCGUGAGGGAGGAAAGAACAGUGUGUUCAGUGCAUUGUACUGUUAUAAUGAUUGUUCAAUUGAUAAAAUGUGUUGGCAAAAAAAAAAAAAAACCCAGACAAAAACUCUGUAAACUGGUUUUGAAAGUUGUGGGUUGUGAUUAUAAUGGGAAGACUGUAAGUCUGUCUCAUGCAGACUGCUUUUCAUCUGCUUUUAAGUUAAUGUGGCAUCUAACCUGACUGAGGUCUGUAUUAAAAGACAGUCAGAUGGUAUAAUUUAAAUGCAGCAAGCAAACAUAACCUAGAGUUUUUACCUCCAAAGUCUUUUAUGGUGGACAUAACACAUAAUAUGAAAGUUAUGUCAUAUGGUCAGGAAAGGAAUUUAAUAAUUGCAUGUAACUUCAUUGUGUUACUUAUGUAAGAUUGUUUGACGUUUUCCUCUCUAUUCUGAGUUAUAUCAUAGAAUUCAGAUCUUUUAUCCUCUCAAAAUUGCAAGAAAUAAAUGCAGAACUGUGUGAUUCUGAGGUCUGAAUCUGCGGCAUGACGUCUGUUUGUACAGAAAGUCAUUUAGACUCGUCCCUUAGUUUAUAAAAACAAGCAGAAGUUGUGUUUACAGCAAUGCGGUUACGUAUAAUGAACAUCUCAACCCUCUGGAGACAGACUGUAGUCAGUAUCUGGUGUGUCAGUGACUGUGAGAGUACAGCGGUCAUUGUGGAAAGACAAAUGUUGCCCUUGAUCACGUCCAUAAUGACAUCUCGCACCUUGCUGUUAUAUAAUGUGACUGGAAUAGUUUCUUCAUUCACCAUUCAGGACAUAAUCAAUCCCAUUACUGCCCCUUGUGUGUGAAAUGUUAGAAAGUCAAACGACCAGAAAAUCGACUUGAAAUCUGAUCUGACUAACGUUCCUAAAAAUUUGAUUUAAUGUGAUCUCUUUUAUUUGAUUUUAUUUAGAUUUUAAUAGCAUUUUCAUCAUCAUUUGACAUGUUUAUUUUGACGUGUUCAUUUGAUUUCUAUUAUAUAUAUUUUUUCAUUUUAGUAUUGUUUUAAAGAACCAGAUUCUGUGUGUUUAUUUUAUUUGUAUUAUUUUUAUGUUGUUUGUAAGAAUCGGAUUCCAUGUUUAUUUUACUUUGAGUUGGACCAUUUGUCCAAUUUAAAAUAAUAAAAAAUAAUGUAUAUA